GCCUUGUGCCCUGGGAGAGGGAAGGGCUGAGUAGAAAGAAGCCUGCUGCCCACCAAGAGGGGCAGGGAACACAGAGAAAGGACCUAGCAAACCUGGACUCUACCCACAAGGACCAAGAUGAACAUCAAACAGCUAAAGAAGCCGGAGAUUCGGGAAAAGGUGCUCACCAUAGACACCAUGAACCCAUUUGUGAAAAACAUCGAGUAUGCUGUGCGAGGGCCCAUCUUGCUGCGGGCUAUGGAGCUGGAGAGAGAGUUGAAGCAGGGUGUGAAGAAGCCCUUCACAGAGAUUAUCCGGGCCAAUAUUGGAGAUGCCCAGGCUAUGGGCCAGAAACCAAUCACUUUCUUGCGCCAGGUCCUGGCCCUCUGCCUAUACCCAGAUCUCCUGAGCAACUCAUCCUUCCCAGAAGAUGCCAAGAAACGGGCGGAGAGGAUUUUGCAGGCUUGUGAGGGUCACAGUGUAGGGGCUUAUAGUGCCAGCUCUGGCAUCCAUGUGAUCCGAGAGGAUGUGGCGAGAUACAUUGAGCAGCGUGAUGGAGGCAUUGCUUCUAACCCUGAGAACAUUUUCCUGUCCACAGGGGCCAGUCAAGCCAUUGUGACGGUGCUGAAGCUGCUGGUGUCAUCCCAGGGGAGGACCAGGACAGGGGUCAUGAUUCCCAUUCCUCAGUACCCAUUGUAUUCAGCCACCCUGGCUGAUCUCAAUGCUGUACAGAUCAACUACUACUUGGAUGAGGAGCAUCAGUGGGCACUGGAUAUGGCCGAGUUGAAGCGGGCACUAGAACAGGCCAGAAACUCCUGUGAGCCCCGAGUCCUGUGUGUCAUCAAUCCAGGCAACCCCACAGGGCAGGUCCUGAGCCGUGAGAACAUUGAAAGUGUCAUCCGAUUUGCCUACGAGGAGCAUCUCUUCCUGCUGGCUGAUGAGGUUUACCAGGACAACGUGUAUGCUGAGGGAUCCAAGUUUCACUCGUUCAAGAAGGUGCUGAUGGAGAUGGGAUCACCCUUUUCUGAACAGCUAGAGCUCGCUUCCUUCCACUCCUGCUCUAAAGGCUACAUGGGCGAGUGUGGGUUCCGGGGGGGCUACACAGAAGUGGUGAACAUGGACCCUGCAGUACAGCAGCAGAUGUUAAAGUUGAUGUCAGUCAUGUUGUGCCCCCCAGUACCAGGGCAAGCUCUCAUGAACAUGGUAGUGAAUCCCCCUCAACCUGGGGAGCCCUCUUAUCAGCAAUUCCAAAAGGAGAAGAAGACUGUGCUGGCAGAUCUGAUGGAGAAAGCCCUGCUCACGGAAAAGACUUUCAACCAGCAACCUGGCAUCCGAUGUAACCCAGUGCAAGGGGCUAUGUACUCUUUUCCCCAAAUCCAGCUACCCCCUAAAGCACUGGAGCGUGCAAAGGAGCUGGGUCAGUCUCCUGACAUGUUCUUCUGUAUGCAACUCCUAGAGGAGACUGGUAUCUGUGUGGUGCCUGGCAGUGGCUUUGGCCAGAAGGAGGGUACCUACCAUUUCAGGAUGACCCUUCUUCCCCCUGUGGAGAAGCUGAAGAUGCUUCUAGACAAACUGAGCCAAUUUUAUGUCAAGUUUACUCAGGAGUAUUCCUAAGGGACAAUGAUUGAAGGGAGAAUUGGGAAGGAGGACUUCCUCUGCUCUUCUGUCAUCUGGUCCUUCUCUGGAAAAAGGUCUUGACCUCCAACCUAUCUGUGAUUCCCUCCUUUUCCUGUAUUCCCUAUCCCCUCCUUGGGGGCUGUUGGAACAGGGUGGUGGAGAGGGAUGUGAUCCCCAGCAUCUCUGAGGAUCCCAAGUGAGACCCAUAGGGAUCCAUGGGAGGUACCAGGGCUGAGAGCCUGGGCCCUGGACCCCUCUUAUAGGGCAUCCUAAUAAAGACACUUAUGAUGUUUUUGUGCCCCUUCUUCUUAUAGAAAACAAUAAAGGGAUAUGUGAC